GGAUGCGCAGACCGAAAGGAAAAAAUGACAGUCACCUGACAGCGUGGUGCCCAGCCAACCAGCUAUACCUAAUUUUGAAGAUUUUAAGAACUUAGGCUCCUGAACAGCCUUCUUCAAAAGUGAAAAGUGGUGACAGUGGCAACAGCCAAUGAAUAUCAAGAGAUUCUUUUCCUCAAAGGGGCAGAGUUAAUUGUAUUUGGAACCUGUGACAACACCUAAUGGGGAGAGACUUCAAAGACAGGAGAAUCAGCACAUCAAGUCCUGGAAGUGUGGAAACGAAAUGGUUUUGGUCGAAGAUUCAGGAUGAAUUUAGAGGUGGAAAAAUUAAUCUAGAAAAAACUCAGAAAUUACUUGAAAAAUUAGAUGUUCAGUGCAAUAGUAUUCAUGUGAAACAUAUUUUCAAGGAUAAUGACAGGCUGAAACAAGGAAGAAUCACCAUAGAAGAAUUCCGAGCAAUUUAUCGAACUAUUGCACACAGAGAAGAAAUUAUUGAGAUUUUCAAUGCAUAUUCUGAAGACCGAAAAAUUCUCUUUGAAUAUAACCUGGUUCAAUUUCUGACACAAGAACAAUAUACAAUUGAGAUGAGUAGAACUAUUGCUGUUGAGAUCAUUCAGAAAUAUGAGCCCAUUGAUGAAGUUAGGAAUGAACAGCAGAUGUCAUUUGAAGGUUUUACAAGAUACAUGGAUUCACCCGAAUGUCUACUAUUUAAACAUGAAUGUAAAAAAGUUUAUCAAGAUAUGACUCAUCCGUUAAAUGAUUAUUUUAUUUCAUCUUCACAUAACACGUAUUUGGUAUCUGACCAGUUAGUAGGACCAAGUGACAUCUGGGGAUAUGUGAGUGCGCUUGUGAAAGGAUGCCGUUGUCUGGAAAUUGACUGCUGGGAUGGAGCACAAAAUGAGCCUGUUGUAUACCACGGCUACACGCUGACCAGCAAGCUUCUGUUUAAAACUGUUGUCCAAGCAAUACACAAAUAUGCAUUCAUGACAUCUGACUACCCAGUGGUGCUCUCUUUAGAAAAUCACUGCUCCCCUUCCCAACAAGAAGUGAUGGCAGACAAUUUGCAGACUAUUUUUGGAGAGUCUCUGCUUGCUGAUAUUCUUGAUGAUUAUCCGGACAAACUACCUUCCCCAGAGGCACUAAAAUUCAAAAUAUUAGUUAAAAAUAAGAAAAUAGGAACCUUAAAGGAAACCCGUGAAAGGAAAGGUUCUGAUAAGCAUGGUAAGGUGGAGGAAUGGGAAGAACCGGACGAUAUAGAGGAGGAAGAGGAGGAUGAAUUUAAAGACUCAUCUGAUAGUUUGUCAUUAAAAGACAAUCAAGAUAAGGAAACAGUCAGAAGAAAGGCAAUUUCAUCAAUGCUUUUCAAGAAAAAGAAGACCAGGAAGCUAAAAAUUGCUCUGGCCUUAUCUGAUCUUGUCAUUUAUACUAAAGCUGAGAAGUUCAGAAGCUUUCAACAUUCAAGAAUGUAUCAGCAAUUUAAUGAAAAUAAUUCUAUUGGGGAGACAAGAGCCCGAAAACUUUCAAAGUUGAAAGUCCAAGAGUUUAUUUUUCACACCAAGAAGUUCCUUACCAGAAUAUAUCCCAAAGCAACAAGAGCAGACUCUUCUAAUUUUAAUCCUCAAGAAUUUUGGAAUAUAGGUUGUCAAAUGGUGGCCUUAAAUUUCCAGACCCCUGGUUUGCCUAUGGACCUACAAAAUGGCAAAUUUUUGGAUAAUGGUGCUUCUGGCUAUGUUUUGAAACCACAAUUCCUAAGAGAUGCUAAAUCAAACUUUAACCCAAAUAAACUAAGAGACAGUGAUCCAACUACACUUACAAUAAGGCUCAUCAGUGGUAUCCAGUUGCCUCUUAGCAGCACAUCAUCUAACAAAGCUGACACGUCAGUGAUUAUAGAAGUUUUUGGUGUUCCAAAUGAUCAAAGGAAGCAGCAGACUCGUGUAAUUAAAAAAAAUGCUUUUAGUCCAAGAUGGAAUGAAACAUUCACAUUUAUCAUUCAUGUGCCAGAAUUGGCAUUGAUACGUUUCGUUGUUGAAAAUCAAGGUUUAAUAACAGGAAAUGAAUUUCUUGGGCAAUAUACUAUACCACUUCUAUGUAUGAACAAAGGUUACCGUCGUGUUCCUCUGUUUUCCAGAAUGGGUGAGAGUCUUGAGCCUGCUUCACUGUUUAUUUAUGUGUGGUACGUCCAAUAGCAACUAAUAGUACCUGACAUAUUGUCAGCUAUGCAUCACAAUAAAACAGCCAAAAUGAA